GCUCCUUUUUACAUGCCCAGGACAUGUCUCUCCACUCUGCUGUGGCAGUCCUGCUGUUAGCACAGGUAGGUGACCUAGACACCAAGGCUGAAGCUAGCAGAAAGGAUCAGGGAUGGAACUCAUGGAGAGCACUGGGAGGACACUGAAUGGAGCCUGAGCCCCUGGACCCCGGAAAUACUGGGCAUUUGCUGCCACAGGAGGAGGAGAAAGGUGUCUGGCGGAAGAGAACAUAGAAGCCGCAGGGUGCUGAAGUUAUGAUCAUCUGCUGGAGCGGGUGCUGAAGUUAUGAUCAUCUGCUGGAGCAGCUACCGCUAAUUGCUAUGACAGCACCACUCUCCAGACAGAGCGAGGACCUCUCCCCCUGCAGCCCCGAUGAGUACUGGUCUGGGGUCCACUGCUGCAAGAAAUGUAGUGCAGGUGAAUUUGUCAAGACGUCCUGCACAAUCUCCCACACCCUAGGACAGUGUGAGAAGUGUCACGAGGGAACGUUCACAAGGGCUAGUAAUGGCCUAGAGUCUUGUAUACUGUGCUCCAGCUGUGACGAACGCCAGGAAAUGGUGGCUGAGUGCUCUGCCACCAGUGACCGGAAAUGCCAGUGCCAAGUGGGUCAUUUCUAUUCUGACCCAAAAUCCUAUGAAGUCUGCCGCCUGUGUACCAAGUGUCCCCAGGGAAUCCCUGUCCUCCAGGCCUGCAACGCCACAGCGAACACGGUGUGCGGUCACACUACAACAAGUAAGACAGAUCACAGGAAUUGGCUAUGGCUAAUACUACUUGUUUUUCCAGUCGUUAUUGCUGUCUGCUGUUACCUGAAAAAAAAAAGGUCCUGUAGAUGUCCAAGUGACAAAUUAGCUGAAGGCACGUCCGGGGUGUCUGAGUCUACAGAAGAUUUGCAAAUCAACUGAAGACUGCAAACUGCUCCAAAUCAAAACCAGCUGGCCCUGGACUUGCUGUAAACUGAUGUAAAUCACAGGUGCUUCUGACAGGAUUUCCAACCAGCCUGAUGAACCCUUUCCUGAACCAGCAGUUCCAGACUACUCCAAAGCAGCCUGUUCUUCCUGGCACCUGGUGGUCCUGCAGAACCUGGGCAGGAGUGAAACAGAUGUUUGCCAGCCUGCACUCUUUUCCCUUCCUGGCCUUUGACAAGCAUUCCAGACUUCCUGAGUCCUGACAAUGAAGCCUUAAUUUCUACUAAGAAGCAGUUACAGAAGAGAUUACGUUGCCCCUUAUUAACAAAACCACAACAUUUCCCCCUUUUUGUCUAAAUAAAAAGGAAAGGUUUUUUUUUUU